AUGUUGCCAUUCCGGAGAAUUUUAUUAAGGCGAGGGCCAUUGACUGGACGUGCUGCUCUUUUCUCGCCAGCUUUUAGGACCCUUGGAGGUGUUUCCAGGGAAUAUGCAAGUAAACCCGCAAAACCUGCAGCUAGAAAUAAUACUGGCCCUGGAUUUGCAAUGAUAUUCGCAUUAGCUAUUAUAGGGACUGUAAUAUUCAAUGAAACAGCCAAAAAUUUGGAUAAAAAUAAGCCCAGGAAUACUUUUACUGAAGAGGAAUAUGAGCAUGUUAUGCAAGGAUUGAAAAGAAGAGUUGCUAUGUUUCCUGAUGGUCAGUUGGACGUGCAAUUUUCUUUACAAAAGGAUUCAACUCAAUUGAAGAAAUUAUUGGGAGACUCCAAGCUGUAUAUCGAUCCUGGUCAAGUAGUGGAAAAUUAUAGAUCUGACAGAGAAGAUCCUUAUGAACCGCUGUUGAACGAAGUUUACUCCAAGUAUGGACCAGAGUAUUUGAAAUAUUUACCUCAGGGACUCUUAGUCAGUCUGUUGGGUAGAUACAUGAAAGCUCAUUGCAGGCAAGGUGAUCAUGUUGUUAUUCUAGAUUUCCCACAUUCGAUAAAGGAUGCGAUUAAAUUUGAAAAUGAAGUGUCUAGUGCUUCCAAAUUAUUGGUCCCCAAGGAAUCAUUGGAUUCAGAUGUUUGUAAAUAUUACCAGACUGUGCAGAAGAGCCAACAGUUAUAA